AUGGAUCGAUAUGGAAUUCUAGAUGACUCGUUUGCAUUGUCUAUGGCUAGCCAGUUGCCUUUAUCUUCUUUGCUUACAUUGAUGGGUGCUUACAGAGAGGAACCUGAUUAUACAAUGUUGUCAAACUUAAUCAGUGUUGGCUCUAAAGUUGCAAGAAUUGUGGCUGAUGUUAAUAACACAUUGCUGGACAACAUUAAGAUUUUCUUCAUCAACCUUUUCCAGUACUCUGCAGAUAAUAUUUGUGAACUAAAUUUGGUCUUCAACUUCUGUAAGGGUGCUUCUAUAAAAAGCUUGGAAUCUGGUUCUUAUGGAAAUGUUACUGUGCAUGAAAGGUUAAGUAAUGGGGGCUUCGUGGUGAGAUCAAAGAGGAUGGAAAGCAAAAGGAUGCAACUGUAUGCCUACAGGUAA